UAUGGCGAGGCGCUUGUAAGCGGCUCUAUCGGAUCUAAUCAAAGCCUUGACAACUUGUUUGAGGACUUGACUCGAAGUCACAAAUCGAGAGAAACUGGCUACGUGGGUCAAGCCUCCGAAGUCCAGUGGUUACUCAAUGUGCAACGUCAACUGCAAAAUAUCAAAGCCGAGCCCUGUAUCCCACCGUAUAUCAUACAAAACCCAGAUCGAGAUGCGAAAAGGACACCGCCUGGCACCAUCCCUGAGCGUACAAGCAAUGUCCAGCAGGUCCCACCACAAGGCACUUGGAAGCAUACGACCGAUACUUCCUUCUAUCUCGACAGCUCAGACAUAGCCACAGAUAUAUUCAUAGAUCCUUACGAACUCCCGAAUGCUGAGACUGCAGAAUGGCUUUUCGGCUGUUACAUCAACACAGUCCACUCAUCUUUUCCGCUUGUAAAUGCAACCUUCGAGCACCAAUUCCGUGCAUAUAUUGAAUCUGUCAGAGAAAAACGCAAUUUCGACAUGUCUGACGCAUGGCGAGCUCAGUUGAACUUGAUCUUCGCGAUAGGUGCGAAGUGCUCUUACCUCACCAGCGCAGAAUGGAAAGCAGACGAGAGCGAUCACGGGUAUUAUAUGAUGAGGGCUGUGCAUCUCAUUAGAUCUGAAAGCUCUCUCAGAGUGUUUCCAUCCCCCAGUUUAGAGCUUGUGCAAGCGACUUGUUCAAUUUCUUUUUACCUUCUCACAAUUGGCCAUGUGAAUAGAGCUUGGGCGCUUAUCGGUAUCUCGCUGCGCCACGCCAUUGCUCUAGGCCUACACCUCCGCAACAUAGUCACUGAAUCGGUUGACCUCGAACAAGACACACUGACACAUACAUGGUGGGCUGCAUACUGCAUAGAAACUCUGAUAAACACUGUCAUGGGCAGGCCCCCAGUAAUCACCGACGAACACUGCACUGUGUCAUUACCUAAUCAUGAGUCUGAAACGGAUGCAUCAAGCAAGAAGCCAUACCUCAUCAACCGUAUCGAGAUUGCACGUCUAACAAGAAAGAUUCAGCGGUGUCUGUAUUCGCCACAGACUGCUACUCACUCUUGGGAGUCUGUACAAACAACAAUCUCAGGCCUUCUCAAUGAACUCAGCAAAUGGAGCACAGCGGCACUUUCCACAAGCCCCGAAACGCAAUAUAAUAGCCGUGCAACCGACUCUACCCGCGAGCAGUUCCUCCUAAGAGUAGAUUACUGGAGCACAAAGGUACUCAUUACACAACCAUGUCUUCGCAGUUUGGGGUGGCGUGUCGAAAAUCAAAGUAGCACCUCUGCAGAUUUUGAUACAAGGACAGCUGAUUCAUGCAUCACUGCUGCUUUGGAGUUGGCAAAAAUGUUUCCUGUCCAGCUCAACACGAGCUUUGUGUACAAGGAGGGCCCGUGGUGGGCAAUUGUCCAUAUCAUAAUGCAAGCAAUCACAGUCCUAUUGCUAGAAAUGACAUACAACAUGCAAGGCAAAAGGAAACAAAGGUUUCCUGUAAUACCUUCACUCCAAAGGCUGCUUGGCUGGCUAAAUGCUAUGCAAGACGACGAUCCGUUAGCUGCCCGCGCGUACGAUGUCGUUCGGCAAACGCUGAAGUCAAGUUCUCCGCUUUUCCAGACUCAGGUGGAUGAACUUCUCGCACUCUCGGAUGCAAGAUCAUUUAUGGCGGGUACACACUAA